AUGGAUCAUUCCGUCAUUUUGUCAUAUUACUGUAAAAUAAUCUCAAAUUCAUUAAUUAAAUACCUUCCAAAUGAUAGAUUUAAUCUUAAAGAUAUUGAUUUCUCAUAUUACAAGGAAAUCUUUCUUGAAAGAUCGCAAAAAAGAACAACCAGGAUAGAAUCUCGCACGAUUUCAACUCUUUUUUCUCAUAAUUUUUAUGACCGAAAUGAGUUUGCGAGUAUUUUUGUAAAACUCUCCUUUUUUUUAUCGAGAAAUGAUAUACCGACUAGUUGUAAAAUAGAUAUAUAUCUCUCUCUCAUAACCUCUUGUAUAUUAAACUAUAAAACAUCGCAAAUCGCAUUUGCCACUUGCCCAGAUAUCUCAUUAUCUAUAACACUGGAGUUGAUCGAUUCCAUAUGUGAAGACGAAUUUAUAUUGGAAAAGUUGUUACUUGCCCACAGACUGAGAAAUGAUUCUAUAAUUGGAAGAAAAUGCUCAAGGAUACUUUCAGAAUGCAGAAAUAACUUAAGAUUGCACUCUCUUGUGAAUGAUUUAAUUCGAAUCAGACUAAAUAAUGUCACCAUUCGUAGAAUCCGUAUACUUUCCCGACUUUCAAAUUGGCUGAAUUUGAAUGAAUUGAGCAAUUUGAUAUUGUACUCUAAGCUGAGUACUCCUGAAGGAUGGGACGAGGUUAGACGAAUGUUGGAUCCCGGGCAGUUAGUUGAGAUUGAAAAGUUAAAUGAUCUCGAAUUCCAGGAAAUAUUUAAUCUUUCUGAAAGUGUGUUGAACUCAAACCCUAAAAAAACCUAUCCUAUCACAUAUUCAUUCAAUGUUGUUAAAAUUGAUAAUACUUUAGUACCAAACUUGAUACAAACAUCAAAUCAUAUUUCAUUUUUACGAAAAAAUAGUAAAGUGGAAGAUGCUAAGGUGUUUGAACAUGGCAAUAAGGAAAGCCAUUCAUUGGUUCCAAUUGACAUGGAAGACUAUGAAAUAUUAUCCAAUUUGUUGUUUGGAAUUGAUUGUAGCAUAGGUGUAGUAUUGUCUGGUUCCUGUAAGAAUUACUACAUACGAUUAUUGUCAAAAGGACUUGGAAUGGCAGAUAAUGAAGUGAUAAAUGUAUAUACAGAUGAAUCCACUGAGAUUAAGGCCCUGAUUGGUAGUUGGAUCACGGGUGAAAAUAUAGGAGAGUUUGUAUACUCAUACGGAAUUGUGGCAAGAGCAGUAAAAGAGGGUAAAUGGCUUAUUUUCGACUCCUAUCUGUCAGAUUCAGUACUAUCUUUCCUUGUUAACCUAUGUAGUUCUAAAUCACUGUAUAUAAACGAACUCAAUGAAACUAUUGUUAUGGACGAAAAUUUUCAAAUCUUCUUUUUAAAUACUCCGGUGCUGAAUAGUGGAUUAAAGCUGUCCAACAUUCCAACAAUAUAUACUAAAAAGUUGGAUAAAUAUGGCAUGAUUGGGAUAUGUUCCAGAGUGUACCCUAAUCACUACACACCCUUGAUACUCAACUUAAUAUUUGAUAUUGGUGAAAUAUAUGAAAUACUGAUUAACUUAAGUAAACUCUUAAAGUUUUCGAAAAGAAUUUAUCCGUAUCUCAAAUACUUUACUACCCAGUUUGAUACUUCUACGAAUACAUGUGUGGAUAUAUCGAGUGAUAAUGUGAAGAAAUUGAUUUUGUUUGAUUUUUUCAACGUAUUUGUUUCUGAUGUUGGUUGCACCAAGCUCAGAUUUGAAAUCACGUCAACCUUCUCAAAACUUUUAAACCUCCAAAUUGAUAGCUUAAAUGAUGUUUUUCACUCAUUUAAAUUAUUAAAAAGAUUCGUUUCAGAGGAUAAAAUAUCUAUUGAAAAGGAUAAUCAACCGAAUGAGAGAAUAUAUGAUAAGAUCCUGAAAAAUGAAGAAUAUAACAAUGAAAUAUUGAAGAUGAUAUAUAGCUCAUACAUAAGAAAUGAACCUGUACUGCUGGUGGGUGAGACCGGAACGGGCAAGACUGCAUUGAUACAAAAGUUUGCACAAAUAACCGGAAACGUGUUAAAGGUGUUUGUGUUCUCAGAAAAUUCAGAUUCUAGUGAUCUUUUGGGCAAUUUUAUGCCUAAGAAUAUUACUACUGAAGAAGCUGGUUUAGAGAAGGUAAAAUACAUUUUCAAUGAUGGGAUUUUACUGGAAUGUAUAAAAAACGGUUAUUGGCUGCUGUUGGAUGAGAUUAAUUUAUCACAGUACGAUUUAUUGUACAAGUUAUACUCUCUACUAUCAAGUAUAUAUUCUAAUUCUAAUAUGGAUGUUGAAAAUAAUGAAAAUAAAAUAUAUCUAGAGUUGUACGAGUAUAUAAACCAAAGAGUUGAGGUUAAUAGAAACUUUCGUUUGUUCGCAUGUAUGAAUCCACCAAUGAUUAAAAAAAACAAUAUUAUCAGGGUGAACACCGGUAAGAAGGACCUUCCACCAAACAUAUUGAAGUUAUUCACCACAAUAUAUGUUGAUCCGAUAAGGAGUUAUGACGACCUACUUAGGGUGGCAAACUGCUACACAGGACACCUGAACAUUAAUUUGGGAGAGUUGUGCAGGUUUUACAUUCGGGUCACUGAGAUGGUAGAACAAUGCGAGAUAGAGGAUGGAGCACACAAUUUACCAAAUUUUACACUGAGGAACUUUGUGAGAAGUGUUUUAUACAUUGUAAACAAGUUAACAAGAGAGUUUAAACCAGUGAAUAACUUGAGUAAAUUAAUAUUCGAUAGCAUCUAUUCAAACUUCCUGUCAACUCUGGAACAAAACUCCAUCAGUAAAUUAAUUGAUUUGUUACCAAAUGAACUGUCCAAAUAUUACGAAACUCAGCCUGAUAACAGUUUUAAUAACUUAUAUGCCACUGAAGUCAAUAAUACUGUCAUGCCUACUGAAAAGGGAUACAUAAAUAUAUGUAACUAUUGGAUUAAAUUAGGAAAUUCCCAAGAACCAAAUUCGCCUAACUAUAAUUCAUUGCAAGAUCAAAAAAAUACUGAAGAAAAAUUUAUAAUAUGCAGUAAUAAUGUAAAUUACCUGGUCAAACUUGUUAGAAUAAUCAGCGGAUUGAAGGUGCCGAUCCUGUUGGAAGGCCCUACAGCAGCUGGAAAGACGUCGAUUGUUACUUACCUGUGUAAGUUAACCGGAAACAAAUGUGUGAGAAUUAACAAUUAUGAUAACAUUGACAUAACCGAGUACAUUGGACAAUACCACUUCAUAAAUGGAAAGUUGGUCUUUCAGUACGGUCUAUUGGUGAUAGCAAUGAAGUACGGAUACUGGGUUAUACUAGAUGAGCUUAAUUUGGCAUCAUCAAACGUCUUGGAAUGUUUAAACCGUAUAUUGGACGACAACAAGGAGAUAUAUAUCAGCGAAACCAAUGAAGUUAUCAAGUGCCAUGAAAAUUUUAUGUUGUUCGCAACACAGAACCCAUGUGAUUCGAUAUAUGGAGGAAGAAAACAGUUAUCUACCUCAUUUAAGAAUCGUUUUAUACAAAUUUAUUUUGAUGAGAUCACAAACGAGGACCUGAAACUAAUACUUUACAAGAGGUGUAAUUUGCCAGUAACAAAGUCAGAUUUGAUGGUAAGAAUAUAUAAUAACAUAAAAUCCACUACCUUAAACUCAAUACUCUUCAACAAGAACAAAAUCCUGAUCACGAUAAGAGAUUUAAUAAAGUUGGCAAAUAGGCUAAACAAUUACACAAGCACUGAAGUAUCUGGGAGCUUGCUGUAUAAAGAGGCCUUGAUUAUUUUUUACUACGCAUUGAUAUGUGAAAAGUUACAUAACCAGAAUGAAAAAUCACUACUGUUUAAUACGAUAAUAGGUUCCUUUAUCAGCCAGAAUUUGAACAACGGAAUUGAUAAAAGUGAUUUGGACCAAACUAAUAACAACAUAGUUAAUGAUAAAAGGAAAAGAUUAUAUGAUAUUGAGGAUGUUGAAAAGAGUUAUGUGGAGUUGUUAAGGAAAAGUAAAUACUUUGAAGUAGAAUAUCUGAAGGAGUUUUUUUUUAAUAAUAACUAUUAUUGGAUUGAAGGGUAUACAGACCGAAUAGUGUAUUUGGUGACUGAGGCUCUGAUCAACGGAGAACAUGUUCUUUUAGUAGGUGAAACCGGUAUAGGGAAAACAACAAUAGUACAGUUAUUGUCCAAAUUCUUUAAAACGAAAUUGAACAUUUUUAACUGUAACUACAAUACUGAUACGAUAGACUUUAUUGGAUCAUUCGUUCCAACAAAUAAAGGUGACAGUUUCCCAAAUUUUAUUUGGAAAAAUGGCAAAUUAAUAGAAAGCAUGAUAAAAGGAAACUGGUUUCUGUUUGAUGAAAUUAAUCUUGUACAAGAUUCUAUAUUAGAGAAAAUCAACUCAAUCCUGGAGUUUAAUUCCUAUAUAAUAUUGAAUUCUGGCUCACGCCCGUGUAACAAUGCAGUAUCAGGUCCACAGCCUAAUCGUGUAAACGACAUGGAAUAUGUAUAUAGUAAUAAGAAUUUCCGUGUAAUAGGGACAAUGAACCCAGGAAAUGAUUUUGGAAAGAAGGAACUCUCACCAUCAAUAUCUAAUAGAUUCACAUUAAUAUAUGUUCCUGCCAUAGAUAUCACAGAUUUUAGUGUUCUUUACAAUAUUAUCCUACAACAUAAUAGAAAUUCAACUCAAGUGGUUGAACAUUGGAUAAUAAACUCAAUUAUUCAAAUUCUCAACUUAGUCUCAAAUUGUACUCCACAGAUUAUAGGUGAUGUUACUUCAGCUAGGUUCACAGUAAGAAAUAUAAUAAUAUGGACAAAGUAUUAUUAUAACACUUUGUCUAGACAAACAGAUGUUAGUUUAAAUGACAAGAUUUCAAUAUUCAUUGAUGGAUUGCACAUUUCAAUACUAAACUCAGUUCAGACGAAUUUGAAUUCCAGUGAAGUCCAAAAGAUUAUAUUAAACUCCAUGAAUGUGACAGUUAAUGUUGUUAACUUCAAUUACGUUGCUGUUGUUGAUGUUUUGAAAAACGUUAAUAAAGAUCUGGUAUAUUAUAUGCAAAAGUGUAUAGAGAAUAUACCAGAUAUAAAUAUACUGUUGGAAGGGAAUCCAGGUAUAGGAAAAACAUAUAAUGUUUGCAAAAUAGCCAAAAAAUAUAAAAAAAAACUUAUCAGAGUUAAUUUAAAUGAGUUCACCGAUAUAAGUGAUCUGUUAGGCUCAUUUGUACCCAGUGAUAAAAACGAUAGUGGUGAGAUAAGUUUUGUAUGGAAAAAUGGUCCAUUGUUGGAGUGUGUGGUAAAUGGUUCUUGGGUGUUGUUGGAUGAAUUGAAUCUAGCAUCUUCAGAAAUUUUGGAAGGAAUAAACUCGAUAUUGGACCACAGAAGAAAUAUUUACAUACCUGAGAUUAAUAAAACGUUUUCAUGUCACAAGGAUUUCCGCUUAUUUGCAACACAAAAUUCAAUCACAACAAAUUAUAGAAAGCAGCUCCCAAAAUCACUCCUUAACCGCUUCAUUAUAUUCAAAGUCCAAGACCUGACACAUGACGAUUAUCGGUCAAUUUUAUUGGAAAAAUAUCCAACAAUGAAACAUUUAAUCCCAAAGUAUAUAGAACUCAUUGAUACAAUUAAUCAUGAACUGACAAACUCCAGUGCAGAAGAUUAUUCUGACAAAUUUGGUUCACAUCAUAACUUGUUACUAUAUAAUAUAAGAGACUUGAUGAACAUAUUUAAACUAAUUCAACACUACAACCAACAUGUUUCGAUUGAUAUUAACAUUAAUUACAAGCUGAACACAAGUAUAUUGAGAAGAUUAAGUAACAAACUAGAACCAGGUUAUGCUCUUCCAAAGAGAUUUGUAUUGAAAGGGGUUUCACCAAUUGAGAUAAUAGAUUAUAUAGAUGUGUAUAAUAAUUUGAUGUUGCUCUACAAGUUUAAAACACCGAUUCUCUUUCUGUACAAAGGCACAAAUAACAUAAUUGAAAUCAUAAAAAAUUAUCACAAGUUGAUUGAUUUUCAAUUGGAACACGGAAAUGAAGAGUUUGUAGAAAAAAUCCAUUUACUAAAUUUGUAUGAAAACAACGAUGUUAAUGACAUAAUUGGGACAUAUGAGCAGAUAAACAGUGUUUACGCCUACAACAAAAUUGUUCAACUGUAUACGAGUUUAUUGAGUAAAAUUAAAAAUACCGAUGUUUACCUACAGUUUAUGCUUAAACCCCCUUAUAGAGAUUGUCUAUGUGGUAGUGAUCAUUUUAUAGCAUAUAUUUCAAAGUUAUGUAAUCAUAUAAGAGAACGAGACCUAGGAGAAGAGGUAAUUUCAAUACUAAAGCAGAUGGAUGAAAAUAUGAAGUUGUAUAAUAGGAAAACAGUCAACUAUAAGUGGAUAGAUAGUGACCUAAUCAAGUGUAUAGAAAAGGGACAUUGGUUAAUCAUUAAUAACAUACACCUGAUUAACAGUUCAUUGUUGGAUCGUCUUAAUUCAUUGUUGGAUAAUUAUUACUCUCAAACAGAUAAUUCAGAAUUUUCCAACUGUGAAACCUUUAAUAUAAAUGAGUGCGGUUAUAAUAGGCAAGUAAAGGUUAAUGAUAACUUUAGGAUAUAUUUUACUAUUGAUAGCGAUUAUUUGUACAAAAUUUCAAAUUCAUUUCUUAACCGAUGUAUACACCUGAAUAUUAAAAACUAUGAAUUUUUGCACAACGAAAAUCCAAUAUUGAUAGAAAACAUAUUAAAAGGAAUUGAGAGCACAGUGGAUGUGGAAGUAUAUGUUUAUGAAAUAUAUUCAAUAGUAAAUAGAAUAAAGGAAAUUGGAGAUGUAGAUGCAAUGAUAAUAAUAUCAAUGCUGUAUUUAAUUUUGAGUAAGAUGUAUGACCUCAAUGACCAGUUUCUGUUGUAUUUUGUUCGUUUUUACAUAAAUAAUGAUGAUUUUGUACAAAUAUUUCAUAAAAUAAUUGAAAAAUAUUAUCCGAGUUUGGCUGAAGAUACCUUGUUCUCAGUUGGUGAUUGUAUACUAAAUUAUCUAUUGAGUGUAGAUAACAAGUAUUAUAAUCUUCUAAGAAAAUAUAUCAUGAUAAUGUUAGAUAGCAGUCACACUUUUUAUUCACUUGACAUUCACCUAGUUCGUUUGUACAACUCCAUUGUUUGUUCCCGCAUGCAAGUUGAAGGAAUUAUCCCUAAAUUUUAUCAAAUUGAUGAAAUUGAAAUGGAUGCUAGUCAAAAUAUGAAAACUUAUAUCAGUGUAAUGGGUAAUGGUGAAAUUUCAACGAUGAUUAAUAACGGAAUUGAUACUUACUCAAUUAUAUGGUAUAUUAACAAAUACUAUGACUGUGACAAUAUAACUCUAUUGUUACUGACUCUACGCGAUAACCAUAUUUUAAAGAGUAAUCUAUACCUUAUAGAUAACAAUGAUUUCAUUGACGCUAUUUAUUACAUUUCAUUCUUGAAUUCAACACACUUGGACGUUAACCCUAAUGGGUUGAUUAACAAAACUAUGAGUGAUGCCUUGGUAGAUGUUAAGUACAUAUCAUACAAUGAGAUGUUAAAAUCGAAGAUAAAAUGUGAUAGGAAUGAAAUGUACAACCUAAUAAAUGAAAAUAAACAUUUAGAUUUGGAUUUGCUGAGUGUAUCCUUACGUCCAAUAGAAUUGGAAACUAUGUCAUCCAACGUGAACGAAACCAACAUUUAUUACUACAAUUUGUUGUAUAUAAUCUAUAUCAUUUAUAGAAAUUACUUUCUGGAUAUUAAAGACUAUGAUUUUUCUAAAAUACUACAAUACGCUGAGAAAAUUGAUUCAGAAAACGAUGUGGUUAACAGUAUCAUAAAGGAGAUAAAACAUUAUGUUCGAGUACCAAAAAUUGUCAACUUGUACAACUUAUUAUUUUAUGCAUUUCACUUCUCUAAUACCAUUAUUGGUGAAAGAAAUCAGGGGAUACUUCACUACAUCGACCUUUUGUUUAAUAACACUGAUCAUGAGCACCUUGAAUCUUUUUCUAAUAGUCAGUUGUACCAUUAUUUUGGAUAUAUAAACGGCGUUGAGGAUGCAAAAAUAGAAGAAAUGACUUAUAAUGUGGAAUACGAGCCUGAAAAGGUGCACAACACUUUGAUAUUUAUGUACAUUUUGUUUACUGCAGAUUCCUCCAAAUUCCACUCGGAUUUCAAGUGUCUUUUAUCACAAAAAUAUAAAGUUUUAUUCGGGUAUUCUCGGAUUGAAGAUGAAUUCCAAGGUCCAACUCAACUAAUGGUUAGAGAAGAACAUUCUAAGGAGAAUGAAGUGUUGAAUUGUUUGGGGAAAAUGAAUAGAGAAAACGCGAGUGAUGUUCUGUAUCAGAUUUUGAAAAUUUUGGUAGAACAGAAUUUAAAAAUCAUACCAAAUGUUAGUUUGUAUAUUCGAGAAAUGGAGGAUUAUUACAGAAAACAAUUUGAAAAAUAUAAGAAACAGGAAUUUAAACAAAUCUCGAACACAUUUAAUAUUUUAGACUCGUUAUCAAUGGGAUAUGUUAGUCAAGUUCCAGAGGUUAUCAGAAGUGCUUUUGUUUCUGAGGAGAAAAUAGAAUAUGAGUUAGAAUGUAAAACCUAUGAAAGUGGUGUUGUAAAAUUGAUUUAUAAUUUUAUAACUGAAUAUAACCAGUUUGUCGUCAAUUUGAAGUUAGGAACACUUAACGCAAACGGUGGUAUAACUGACGGAGCUUCAACCAAUGACAAACGUGCCCUAAUUGAGAGUAUUAAUAAUUAUGUGAAUUACGCAAUUAACAAGUAUAAAAUGAUUAAAGACGUGAUAAUUUAUCCCAUUCUAGUCUUGAAUUCAAUCAAAUUAUACUAUACAAGCCAUAGUAACGCUGUAGUCCAGAAUGGAAAUACAGGAAUGGGAACAAUUUACAAGUUUGGUAUAAACAUAAAUAUAAAUGAACUACUGGGCAGUAACUCAAUUCUUACACUUCUUUUGAACAAUCGUAGAAUGUUACAAUAUUAUCUUUUCAUACUUUACUACAACUAUAAGUUAAAGUAUUGUAGAAACCAAGGUAACAGUGUUCAUAUUCUCGGUAUAAUAAAGGCCUCAAUUAUGACUGAAUGUACCGAAGGAUACGUAUUCAACGAGCAAAUGGUUCAACUGAUAGUUGGGAAUAAGUUAAUUGACGAGUACUACGUUAUUUCCUGCUUACUCUUCCUACUUAACUUGAAUAUUAAACACAAUAAUAAAUUCAACGACGUGAUAAUACAUUCUUACAAAAAUAUCCACACCAGUAUUAUGAAUUCUAAAAAAGUUAUUUCUGUUAAGAAAAAUGAAUUAAUGGGCAGAAUAUGCUUUUCAUUUAAUCUAUUGUUUAAAGACUUAAUGAGAAUAAUAUGUUCAGGCAAGAAGAUUUGUAGUUCUAUUCUUUCACAUUUGCUUAAUAACAAUUGUGUGAAUGUGUUCUUAAUUGAUGGAGUCCUAACUAUUUUCAAAUCUUUGGAUAACAAUUUGGUUUAUUCUAUAGACUUUAUAAGUUUGUUUCUUUCCGAAAUCAGAUCAUCAGUUCACCAAAAAGUCAUUGAAACCAUUCAAAAUGGUAAUGAUUCCGUUAUUAAAUGUAAGAAAAUGGUUAACAAUGUUAAAAUAGUUGACAAGCCUAACAAAUUUAAUACUCCAAAUGAUAUUGAUAGUAGUAACACAGUUGGUGAUAACUUGGGAGAUCUUUUUGAAAUGUGUGAAAGUCUAAUUAACACUGAAUUGUCGGAGAAAAAUCUAUCACACAUUUACAAGGCUCAAGUGUUGCCUAAUAAUAAAAAACAAUAUAUAAGUACGGAGCUGAAGCUUUUAGAAAAUUCGGGUUUAAACUUAAAUGGCUUUAGAAUGUAUAAAGAAAUAAGUGACGGGAUAGAAAUUGAGUUAAUAAUUGGGAUGCUAAUUGCCAAUUAUAGUAAUGUUUUGGAAAAUUACAGUAAGAUGAAUAUCAAUGAGCAUAAACGGCUCAUAUCACUAACCGUGGAUCCCAUUCAAAAUUACUAUAAGUUUGAAAAUACCAAUAACCAAAUUGAUAUAAAUUAUAUUAUUAAUCAUAUCACCACUAAUAUGACUACCAGAACUGUCUUUGAUUCCUUAGUAAUCCUGUAUAACAUAAGCUAUAUAACAUCACAACCAGAAUUGAACUUCAACACUGACCUCUUUUAUAAUGUUAUAGAAACCAAUUUUAAACUUCUCAACGUUGUUUUAUUGUUGUUUGAAUUAAUUCGAAGUAAUUCAACGGAGGAUAACACAGUUGGUGAUGAGUCAGAUUCUCAUUAUAAUUUGACUUUAUGUACUAGACAAUAUAGUAUAAUAAAUAGAAAUCGUAAAAAGAACAUGACUAACGGUGUUAUUAAGAGCGAAAAGAUGGUCGAAGAUUUAGGUGAUUCGAAUGAACUAUUAAACAAUAUAUCAAAGUUGGGAAAGUUAACCCUUAAUAAUGGUGAAGAAUCCAAAUUAAAUGUCUUUACGAAUGGAAAAAUUAAAAGUAGGUUAGAUUUGGAUGUAAAAGUACUAAAUUACCUGGUAAAAUUAAUGUACAUAUACUUAAUAAUACCAGGUGAGGAAACCGCAAAUGAGGACCAAGGAAAAAUGAAGGAAGGAGAUAUAGAGCCGGGUGGUGUUGGAUUGGACAAUGAAGUUGGAAUUAAGAAUAUAUCAAAUGAAAUAGAAGAUGGAGAGUUACAACUUAACCAAGAAGAAAGAACUGAAGAUGUGGAGUUGGACGUUGAAGAUUUCGAAGACCAAGAUAACAUUGACAUAGACGAUGAUAUAAAUAAAGAUCUAGAGGAUUUAGGUGAGGAUGUUGAUAUGGACGUCGAAUAUAUAGAACAAAUGGAGGGAGAACCAAAACUGGAAGAUAAGGAUAUCCAGAAUGUAGGUGACUCUGAAGAAGUAAAGGAAGUGGAUUUAGAUGCUAAGAAUAAACUGGAAGAUGACUUAGAAGAGACUUCAGAUAACGUAGAGAAGGAGAUUGAAGAAUAUUCAAACCCGAUAGACCACGAACUAGAUGAGUUUGAUUCUGAUGAAGAAGUUGAAGAAAAGGAGCAACAGCUAGAAGAGGAACAAGAAGUUGAAAACAAAGAAGUCGAGGAAUACAAAUCCCUUGACGAGAAUGAAGAAACUGCUGGAAAUGUUACUGGACUAAAAGAAGAAACUUCUGAGGAUUCCAAAGAUGAAAGUGUUAAUGAAAACAAUGUGGGUGAGGGUGCUUGUGGAUUGACCAGUCGACUCAAUCAAUUAUCAAAUCUUGAUGUUGAUGUCAACACACUUAAACAAAACAAUGAUAACACGUCUGAAGAUAAUGGCGAAAUCGAUAAUGACAAAUCACACUUGGAAGAAAAGGAAAGGAAUAACUUAGAACCAAGUGAACUUGGGGAAUCAUUGAAUGAAUCUGAAGGUAAAACUGCAGAGGAUAGAGAUGAAAAGGAUCCAUUAAACUCAUUCCAAUCAUCAGAAUUAACUGAAGAAACUGAAAACCAACUGCAAACAAGUGAUUGUGAAAUGCUUAUAAACAAUUUAUUACACCAGUUAAAUAUAAUAUUGGAGUAUAACAAGUGCAGUGGCUUCAAGGGUUACUAUAAGUAUGGUAAAAAAAUAAGCAUUAAACGGCUGAUGGGGUUUAUUGCUACAAACUACCAAAAUUCUAAAAUUUGGCUUAAGAGACUUAAGAAAACCCAGAGGAACUAUUACAUACAACUAGCUAUAGAUAACACAAAAUCGAUGAAGCCAAUUUCAAACAUAACAUUAGAGACGAUAUAUAUCAUAUACCAGGCUUUAUACAAGUUAAACAUAACAAAGUUAAAUAUUAUCAAAUUCGGAGCAUUUAGUAGUGAGAUAAUACUUGGUGGAAAUAAUUGUAAUAACAUAUCAAGUUCGUUGAGUUUGCUUGAUUUUACUGAGGAAAGUAAGUGUUCUUAUGAAAAAGGGCUAAUAAACUUAUUUGAGUUCAUACUGACUCAGUAUGAGUUUAUUUUAUCAGAAAACAAGUUGUUGAUCAUCAUAACGGAUGGCAAAUUCAAUAAGAACAAGAUUAGAAAAUACAUAACUCAGCUGACGGAGAAUCAUAUUUUGCCACUCCUCAUCAUACUCGAUCCAAACGAUAAUAUAACCAAGAUGAAAUCCAUCAAAAAUGGAAAAGGAGGUGAAAUUGUGAUAGAAAAGUACCUUGAUAACUUCCCGUUUGAAUACUAUUCGAUUAUCAACAAUAUAAAUAGUCUACCAAACAUCCUAACCGACUUGAUCAGGCAGUGGAUUUUAAUAUGUAACAACGGCAAGUGAUAGGGUCUGGGAUGGGAUUCCACACCCAUGAUCUGCAAUCAGUGCAAUUAAAUA